AUGUCUCUUUUCAAAGGUUACUUCAAGCACAAAGGCAUACAUGUAUGGAUGCCUGUCGGUGGACCUUUGAAAAUGCUUGUCGGUGCAGCAUCAACAUCCAAAGAGGCGUGGGAUGCAUUGAAGGAAGAGUAUGAAGGCUCUUCUCAAGUUCGUUUGAUUAAGCUUCAAACGUUGCGAAGGGAGUACGAGAAUCUGAAGAUGUAUGAGAAUGAAGACAUCAAGGUCUUCACGGAUAAGAUAGUUGAAUUGGCAAAUCAAUUAACUUAUCAUGGUGAACAGAAGUCGGAUGUUCAACUCAUACAAAAGAUACUCAUCUCUCUCCCAGCCAAGUUCGAUAGCAUAGUCAGUGUGUUGGAGCAAACAAGCGAUUUGACUUCAACAAAGAUGACAGAGUUGAUCGGGAUUUUGAAGGCUCAUGAAGCAAGGCUGGCUGCAAGAGAAGAAAGCACCAAUGAAGGAGAAUUUGAUGCUCGUGUUAAGCACGGAAAUUCUGGUGUUACAUCAGACAACUCAAAACGCCGAGGAAGCAAGAAGUGGUGUGGUUACUGCAAGAAGAACAAUCAUACCGAGAGCGAGUGUCUGAAGAAACAGAAGAAGGAAGAUCCAAAGAAGGAUCAUCGAAGUAACAAGGAGUGUUAUAAUUGUGGCAAGUUAGGCCACUUUGCAAAUCAGUGCUACUCAAAGAAGAAAGAGAAGGCACAUGUGAGUCUCGAAGAAGACUCGAAUGAAGAUCACAUGUUGUUCAGUGCGAGCGAAGCAGCAACAAUAGUGAUGGAAGAUGUUUGGCGACAAAAGGUUGCAACAAAUGCAAGACAAAGACUUGGUAAAGGGAUUACCAAAGUUUAA